GGUAGGAGAAACGUGAAUGUGAUGGCGGCUAGAGUCCGCUUGAAGAUGAAAUGCGGCAAAGCAUUGUCCUUCGUAUUUCUCGUGAUAGUGUGCUUUGUGAAUAUGGUGUGUUGUAUAUUUGAACAUAGACACUGUAAUCAUCGACAUCCGCAAGUUCAUGAGGUAAUACACGGUGUACACAUUGAACAUAAACACGAAAUAAUGAAGCGUAGCAUCAGUCAGCCUCUUAGAAUUCUACUUUCCUAUGAUGAGAGUGUCUUUCGGCUGGACAAUGAAAAAUUCGAGCUCAUUAAUAAUACAAUUCUGCCUGAAGCUGUGCAUUUUUGGGAGAGAGCUCUUAUGGUGCGAGCGACAAGAAACACCAUUCGACUGAAUAGGAAAUGCGAAAGCAGCCAAGUUUUUGUUAAGGAUCAUCAUACACAUUGCAUAGACACUUGUCGAUCUGUAACUAUGUGUGGUGAAGUAGUUGUACCUGACGCACAUCUUGACGUUUGUAGAACUUGCAACGCCACUGGACAUAAAUGUGGAGUGGUUGAGGGAAGUGUUGCCGGCGAAGGAAUUAAUGAUGCAGAUUUCAUAUUUUACGUUUCUGCAAUGCAAACCGAACGUUGCAAUAAAGGUUUGACAGUCGCUUAUGCCGCUCACUGCCAACAGGAAGCUGCCCUGGACCGACCCAUUGCUGGACAUGCUAAUCUGUGUCCUGGCAGUAUAGGCACAAAACCUCAAGAAUUAGAAACAUUACUGAGCACAGUGAAACAUGAAAUUUUACACGCCCUGGGCUUUUCAGUGAGUCUAUAUGCUUUCUACCGAGACGAAAAUGGUAAUCCCAGAACACCGCGAAGAAGUGAAACUGGAAAACCUCCUCUCAAUGAAAAAUUGCAAACUCAUCAAUGGAGUGAAAAUACAAUAAAGACAGUGAUCAGACGAAAUUGGCAAGUGCGUGGCACUACUGUGGAAAGGCCUAUGCAAAUGAUUGUAACACCCCGUGUUCAAGAGGAAGUUCGUGCACACUUCAAUUGCAAAAUGUUGGAGGGUGCGGAAUUAGAGGAUCAAGGCGAGGAGGGAACCGCAUUAACUCAUUGGGAGAAACGAGUUUUUGAGAACGAAGCAAUGACGGGAACACACACACAAAAUCCAGUUUACUCGAGGAUUACGCUAGCACUCAUGGAAGAUACUGGCUGGUACAGCGCAAAUUAUUCGAUGGCUCAGGAACUUGGCUGGGGCAAAAACUUGGGAUGCGAUUUUGCCAUGAAGUCAUGUAAAGAAUGGAUUUCAACAAGAUCGUCUCGUUUCUCAGGCAAGCUGAUUCAUCCAUUUUGUAACAAAGUGAAGCAAGAUCCACUACAAACGGAAUGUACUGAUGAUCGUAGUUCUGUAGCUUUGUGUAAUUUAGUAGAACAUCCUCAGCCACUACCAAGGAAAUAUCAGAAUUUUGAUUCAAUUCCGUACGUUACUCCGGGAAAGGAAAAGUUCUACGGUGGUUCGGUAUCUUUAGCAGAUUAUUGUCCGUAUACUCAAGAAUUUACCUGGCGGUCCAAGAAUAUUGUCGUAAGGGGCUCACAUUGUUUAUAUGAAGAAAACAAUCCACUUCCUGAAAAGAAUUUCGCUCUGGAAAAAUAUGGAACGCACUCUAGAUGUUUCGAUCAUACAAAUCAAAUGUGGGUGGAAAAAACUUGUAAACAAGCUAGAGAAUGGCAACACUGGGGUUCUGGUUGCUAUCAAUAUAAAUGUGAAACUGGAAGACUUCACAUAAUAGUUGCAAAUUAUACCUACACUUGCUAUCACGCAGGACAAGAAAUUGCAAUCAGAAUUAUGCAAAAUGAAUGGCUGCACAAAGGGGCCCUCAAGUGUCCACCUUGUAAGGAUAUUUGCCAGGCGGAAUUAAAAGCACAAGGAGAAUGGUGCAAAGCAGGGGAUGAACAUCCUCCAGCAACAUUUUAUCCAAGGGACGAUCUUCAUUGCGGAUCUUCCAAAAUCAUCAGUCUGAAUAUAUUUGUAUAUAUUGUCAAUAUUUUCCUACUGAUCGCCAGAUGAUCUAAUGUAAAUUAUAGUUUAUGUUAAUUGUUUAAAAGAAAGAGAAAACUUUAAAUGUAGAUCGACGUAUUAACAUUGUAUUUUCAUCAAGAAACGUAUCAAGCGAGCUUCAGCCUAAAUGCUCCAUGCGAAAUGAAUUAUUUUUUAAAGCUUAUUAAUAUUAUUGUUCAAUAAUUAUUAAUAACAUCGCAUUGAAAUUAUCAGGAUCGUCUUGGUUAAUAAUAGAAAAUAUAUAAACUUGAACAAUAAUAUUAAUGACACUUUGCGAAGAAGCAAAGACUUAAGCACGUUGACAGAAAAAGAAAACUUUAUUGAAGAGUUUUAAUUAAACAUUGUGAUUUAUGAAUGAUAUUAUAACGAACAAAGUUAUUCAUUGUAUAGAUAUUUUUUUGUUUAUUUGUUAUCGAACGUGUAUUAACUUGAGAGAGAAAUUACAAAAUGACUGGUUAAUUUUUUUUUCUUUUGAAAAUUGCUAUCAGUAUUUAACGAGUAAUUAACAUUCCUUGAAAACUACUUUACUAAAGUAUUACUCUUAUUAAUAAUGUAAAUUUCAUUUCCAAUUUUUGUGUAAUCUAUUUUUUAAGACUUGACAUGCUUUAAAUGUAUGAUUCAUUUAAUGGAAAUAUUGU